GAACCAGAGCCCAAGGGGCAACAGCUAAUAGAGAAGAGCCCCAACAGCUCUAUUAGCUUUUCAAUAAAGGGAAAGAAAGGAAGAAGAAAACGGGGAAAAUCAGGGGAAAAAAAGAAGAAGAAGAUUAGGUAAAGAAAUAUUAACUAGAAGAUGUCUCAUGGGAACAAUGAUUCCGGCUCAAGGAACAAAAAGUUCGCCAUUAUUGGCGUGUCCUCCGUGUUUCUGGUUGCAAUGGUGGUUGCCGUAGUGGUCGGUGUUGGGAAGAACAACGAAGACAGCAGCCAGCCCCAGGGUAAUGGCGCUGCUGGUUCUCACUCAGGCAUAUCUACUUCUACCAAGGCAAUCAAGGCCCUUUGCCAAUCUGUUGAUUAUAAAAAAACUUGUGAGUCAAGCCUCAAUGCUGCCGCUCCAAAUACAACUGACCCCAAAGAGCUUAUCAGAGUCGGGUUUCAGGUGGCAAUUGCUGAGAUUAAGAAAGCAAUGAAGAAUUCGACCACAUUGAAGGAAGUGGAAGCAGAUCCAAUGGCGAAACAAGCCCUUGAUAAUUGUCAGGAGCUGAUGGAUUACGCCAUUCAGGACCUGAAGAACUCUUUUGAACAAUUGGGAGCUUUUGACUUCACCAAAAUGGACGAUUACCUAGAAGAUCUCAAGGUGUGGAUGAGUGGUUCCAUCAACUACCAACAGACUUGCCUGGAUGGAUUCGACAACACAACUGGGAAUGCGGGAAAGAAGAUGAAAGAGAUUCUCAGGACAUCUCAACAUCUCACCAGCAAUGGUCUGGCUAUGGUUACAGAGCUUUCUAACAUCCUAGGGAACCUAGGUUUCCCUGGCUUCAGCAGCAGCGGCCAACGGAGGCUGCUGACUCAAGAUGGCAUGCCUUCAUGGGUUUCAGCUGGCCAACGCAGACUCUUUGAAGGAACUCCGGCCACCAUCAAGCCUGAUGUAAUAGUUGCCAAGGAUGGAAGUGGUAAAUACAAGACCGUCAAUGAAUCCUUACAGGAUAUCCCUAAGAACGGAAACAAAACGUUUGUGAUUUAUAUCAAGAAGGGGGUCUACGAUGAGAUAAUAAAGCUUGGCAAGUCCCAAACCAACGUCAUGUUCCUUGGCGACGGCCCAACCAAGACUAAGAUCACUGGUCGCCUCAAUUGGAUUGAUGGCACGUCCACCUACAGGACUGCAACGGUUGCAAUUUCAGCAGACAAUUUCAUGGCUAAGGACAUAGGGUUCGAGAACGCUGCUGGACCUGAAAAGCACCAAGCGGUGGCACUGCGUGUGUCAGGUGACAAGGCCAUUCUCUACAACUGCCAGAUAGAUGGGUACCAAGACACGCUUUAUGCCCACAACCACCGUCAAUUCUACCGUGACUGCACAAUUACUGGCACAAUCGACUUCAUCUUCGGCGACUCCCCAUCACUCUUCCAGAACUGCAAGAUAAUCGUCAGAAAGCCACUUCCCAACCAACAAUGUAUCAUCACCGCCCAGGGCAGGAUAGAAAUACGUCAAGUCUCCGCCAUAGUCCUCCAGAACUGCACAAUCUCCGGUGACCCUGAGUACAUCCCUGUCAAGGACAAGAACAAGGCAUACCUUGCACGUCCCUGGAAGGAAUACUCGAGGACCAUCAUCAUGCAGUCCCAAAUCGACGACAUUAUCGCCCCUGAAGGAUUCCUGCCCUGGAAUGGCGACUUCGCUCUCAACACUCUGGUCUAUACAGAGUACAAUAACAGGGGACCCGGUGCAGAUACGAGCAAAAGAGUGAAAUGGAAGGGUAUUAAGAAGUUCAGCGCCACCGUGAUCGAAAGGUACACAGCCGCAAGAUUGUUAGGCGGCGAUCUCUGGAUCCCGCAGACUGGAGUUCCUUACAUUCCUGGGAUGAUUUCUGGGCUGUAAAGAAUUGAACGGCAUAGAGUUAGUCAUCGAAGGCAGUGGAGGAGGGGUUGAACGUUUCCUCCUCGGUUUGGGCAUUGUGCUGUGAUUCAUAGUUUGUGAUGGCAUACCAAUUUUUUUCAAUUAUCACCUUAAUUAUUGGCUUAAUUUCAAAUUAAGUUUGUCCUUGUGGUUUUGGUUUGAUUUCAAAAAUAACAAGCUCAAAUUUUGCAGAUUUCAUGUUGAAUGAAGAUGUCAUGUUCAU